CGCAUGACGACAUAACUCCGCGACCAAGCUAAUUAGCUCGCUGAGUGACGGCUACCACUACAACGGGAAGCAGCUACCGUGAAGAGUCUCCGUUACCGGGAGAAUCCGCCGCCGACACACAGAGACAGCCGGUAGGGAACCGCUCCGCCGUGGUACCGGGGUACACUCGGAGGCAGCUGGGUGACUCUCCUUCCUGCUGCUGUUGGCUCGCAGGGUCUCCCUCACUGACCACAGAGAGGUCUGAGCCUCCGUCACCAUGACAGACAACAAGCGUCUCGCUUUCUCCAUCAUCCAGUUCCUCCACGACCAGCUGCAGUCCGGGAACCUGACCUCAGGGGCCCAGGAGAGUCUGGAAGUUGCUGUUCAGUGUUUAGAGACGGCGUUUGACGUUUCGACUGAUGACCAGAGCCUCGCCGUCCCGAUGACGUUACCGGAGAUCUUCGCCUCCGCCACCGACACGCAUCCAGUUGAGUCGCAGGUCAACAACAACUCCACUCAAAACUCCAUCACAGAGGAACAGAGAGCCGAGGCAGAGACCCUCAAAACCGACGGAAACGACCAAAUGAAAGUGGAGAACUUCUCAGCCGCUGUUGAGUUUUACUCGAAGGCGAUCGCCAUCAACCCUCAGAACGCCGUCUAUUACUGCAACAGGGCCGCAGCGUACAGUAAACUGGGGAACUACGCCGGAGCAGUGCAAGACUGUGAACAGGCCAUCAGCAUCGACCCGAACUACAGCAAAGCCUACGGGAGGAUGGGUUUGGCUCUGGCCAGCCUCAACAAACACACAGAAGCAGCCAGUUACUAUAAGAAAGCUCUGGAGCUCGACCCCGACAACGACACCUACAAAACCAACCUGAAGAUCGCAGAGGAGAAGAUGGAGACCUCCAGUCCAACAGCGGGGAUGGGUGGAGUCGAUCUGGCUGGUCUCCUCAGUAAUCCCGGCUUCAUGAACAUGGCGUCGUCGCUGAUGAACAACCCUCAGGUUCAGCAGCUGAUGUCGGGGAUGAUGUCAGGAGCGUACGGCGGGGUGGGAGGAGGCGGAGGAGGAGGUGGAUUAGGAGGUGGAUUAGGAGGACUAGGAGCAGGACUUGGAGCAGGACUAGGAGCAGGACUUGGUGGAGGAGGAGUAGGAGUAGGAGGAGUAGGAAGUGCGGCAGGCCCUGGAGCCGCUGCAGCUGCCGGACCCACCGGAGCCGCCGGACCAACCGGAGCCGCCGGACCCGCUGGAGCCGGAGAUUUAUCAGGACUGAUCCAGGCAGGUCAGCAGUUUGCACAGCAGAUGCAGCAGCAGAACCCCGAACUCAUCGAACAGCUGAGGAGUCAAAUCCGCAACCGAACGCCCAGCGCUGGAAACGAGGAGCAGCCAUGACACUCAGAUACAGUUGGACGGGUUUGUCUGGAGGAAAGGAGCUCAUUCGGAUCAUUUAUAACUCGAAGGACUAAAAGGAAGUUUUUUUUUUUUGUUUGUUUGUUCCAUCACCGUAUAAUUCCUGCACGAGAGAACGAGAGGCGUCCCGCGUCCUUCAGGAGCCACGUCACCAAAAAAAACAAACUCCCACUUCCUGCGGCUCUGCGUGGUUUUUAGGAAGAACGUUUAACACUUUAAUAUCAAACAGAUUAAUGCUAAUAAAUCCUGCUCUAAUAGGAUCAUGAUGUUAAAACUGAAGCUUGAAAUUUCUUCUUAAAACGACACAGUGUAACUUUAAAUGUUUGUUGUCCUGUUUAUGACGGAUCUGAGUGCGUGUGUGUGAGUGUGUGCGAGUGCGUGUGAGUGUAUCAGGGUUCAGUUGGCGUGUCAAACUCCUCGGGUCACAUGGAGCCGUGAGGAGGCAGCAGGGAGGCAGCGAGCUGUUCAAACACACAAUUAAAAAGAGCAUCUCAACAUUUUA